ACUUUUAUGUUAUAUAAGUGACAAUACAUGAAAUAAAACAGCUGUGUUACCGCAUAGUAUUGUUGAAACUGUAUCAAAUAUUACUGGGAGAUGUAAAAUGUAAUUCAGAUGGCCGUCUCAUGACUGGGGAUGAGAAUCCGUAGUCAAAACUCUGGGGAUGUAGCCGUCAGAAGAACACCUUAUAUUUAGGAGCAGAGGGUAGCUCUUAAAUGGCUGGCUGGAGGCAUCCAUCCUCGCAUCAACUGUUACUGAACUCUGAACGUUUCCAAAUUUACACCCAAUUGUUGUUUUCACCUGGUAUUGAAAUAUCCUAUUUCUGGCAGGUGUUUAUUUCGAACAGCAGCCACACACCUGGCGCUCACGCAAUCAAAAGACUUUGACCAAUUCCAGACCGGUUCUUCGUUGUGCGUCGUCCCCUCGAUCCCCCACCACGCAAAUCCAGUCCAGAACGACUAGUCCGCACGUUGCCAUGCCGUGGAGGCCAUGCAGCUGAUCAUGGCCACAGGAAUGCUUUCACUCCUCUGCUUUGGCUGUUGUGCUUGACUCCACCGUGCUUACAUACCGCCGUGAGCACUGAUGACCCAUUCUACAGUUCUUUUUUCGAAUGCCACCACCCAUUCUACAGUUGCAUCCCUCUGCACCGGAGUUCCCUCUGCACCCAUUCUACAGUUGCAUCCCCCUGCACAACAAGCUUCUGCACGCAAUACGCUUCAGUUUAUCAUGCGUCUCUUCCUCAUUGUAUCCACCGCACUCUUCUUCCACCUAAGCGUCCAGGCAAGUUCUGCCACGAGAGACACUAUCUUGACCGGCCAAGCCCUUGCCGUCAACGACAAACUCGUCUCCAAGAAUGGCAGGUAUGCACUUGGCUUCUUUGAAACACGCAGUAAAUCCUCUGAAGGCACUACCAACUGGUACCUUGGCAUAUGGUUCAAUACAGUCCCCAAAUUUACUCCUGCAUGGGUUGCAAAUAGAGAUAAGCCAAUCAAGAACAUCACUUCAUUGGAGCUUACAAUCUACAGCGACGGCAACCUUGUGGUUUUAAACCGGUCUACCAAGUCCAUAUUCUGGUCUACACAUGCAAAAAACACAAGAAAUAACACCACUGCUAUGCUCUUGAGCAGUGGAAAUCUCAUCUUAAUAAACUCUUCAAACUCGUCAGAGUUUCUGUGGCAAAGCUUUGAUUACCCCACAGAUACAUUUUUCCCUGGGGCGAAGAUUGGAUGGGACAAGGUCACCGGUUUGAAUCGGCGUCUUGUUUCUUGGAAAAACUUGAUCGACCCAGCUACCGGUGCGUACUGUUAUGAGUUAGACCCCAGUGGUGUCAACCAGUUACUGUUUGUAGCAUUGAACUCAUCUAUACCAUACUGGUCAACGGGUGUAUGGAACGGCAAAUACUUUGGCUCAAUUCCAGAGAUGGCAGCCCGCCACUCUAUUAGUCCAGCAUUUGUUGACAAUGACAAAGAGAAGUACUUGACAUAUAAUUUAGUAAGUGAAAAUAUGGAUGAAAAUAUGAUUGCUCGUCAUGCAAUGGACAUCUCAGGUCAAGCAAAGACAUACAUUUGGAUGAAGGGCUCACAGGAUUGGGUAAUAAUCAAUGCCCAACCAAAAGCUCAAUGUGAUGUCGAUGCAAUUUGUGGACCUUUCACAAUUUGCACUGAUAAUCAAGCUCCACAUUGCAAUUGUAUGGAGGGCUUCACCAUAACAUCCCCCGGGGACUGGGAGCUAGAAGAUCGAAAGGAUGGGUGCUCAAGAAAUACUCAAGCAGACUGCAUUACGAACACAAGCACAACACAUACCACAGAUAAGUUCUACUCUGUGCCCUGUGUUAGGUUGCCCCGAAGUGCCAGAAAAGUAGAAGCUGCUAAAAGCGCGAGUAAGUGCUCACAAGUUUGCCUGAAUAAUUGCUCUUGCACCGCCUACUCCUUUGGCGGCAGUGGAUGUUCUGUGUGGCACAAUGAAUUGCACAACGUAAAACGAGUACAGUGCAGUGACAGUAGCAAUUCAGAUGGAGGAACUCUUUACAUUCGCCUUUCUGCUAAAGAUGUGGAAAGUUUGAACAAUAACAGAAGAGGGAUUGUUAUUGGAGUUGCAGCUGGUACAGGUGUUUCUGCUCUAGGUUUAUUUGCGCUCAUCCUCUUACUAAUGAUUUGGAGAAACAAGAAUAAGAACUCUGGUCGCAUACUGAAUGGCUCUCAAGGAUGUAAUGGAAUCAUUGCAUUUAGAUACAAUGAUCUACAACGUGCAACAAAAAAUUUCACAAACAAGUUGGGGAGGGGCAGUUUUGGUUCUGUAUUCAAGGGGUUUAUAAAUGACUCAAAUGCCAUAGCAGUGAAGAGGCUUGAUGGUGCUUAUCAAGGAGAGAAGCAAUUCCGGGCUGAAGUGAGCUCGAUUGGAGCUGUCCAGCACAUCAAUUUAGUUAAGCUUGUUGGUUUCUGUUGUGAGGGUUCCAAGAGAUUGCUUGUUUAUGAAUACAUGUCAAAUCGCUCUCUUGAUGUCCAUCUAUUUCGAAGCAAUUCUACGAUGUUGAGUUGGACUGCUAGGUAUCAGAUAGCUCUGGGAAUUGCCAGAGGGUUAGCCUACUUGCAUGAUAGCUGUCGAGACUCCAUCAUACACUGUGAUAUCAAGCCAGAAAACAUACUCCUUGAUGCUUCAUUCCUUCCAAAAAUUGCAGACUUUGGGAUGGCAAAGAUUUUAGGAAGAGAUUUUAGCCGAGUCUUGACUACAAUGAGAGGAACUGUAGGGUACCUUGCACCUGAAUGGAUUACUGGUGUUGCUAUUACACCAAAAGUGGAUGUUUAUGGCUAUGGGAUGGUGUUGCUGGAAAUAAUAUCAGGAAGGAGGAACACAUGGACAACAUGUUGUACUAAUGGAAACCUUGAUGUUUAUUUCCCUGUGCAUGCUGCACGUAAGCUUCUUGAAGGAGAUGUGGGGAGUGUGGUAGAUCAGAUGUUAGAUGGUGAUGUCAAUUUGGAUGAGGCUGAACUAGUUUGCAAGGUUGCAUGUUGGUGCAUCCAAGAUGAUGAGUUUGAUCGACCAACAAUGGGGGAGGUGGUUCAGAUUCUCGAGAGGAUAGUUGAGAUCGGGAUGCCCCCGAUACCAAGAAGGCUUCAAGCUUUGGCUGGAUGUUUGCAUUCAACAGGUAGUUCACAUUCUCAAAGGGCUAGUUGAGAUCACGACGCCCCCAGUACUGAGACUGAUGCAGAGGGUGGGGGUUUUCCUCUUUUUCGGAAAGAAAACAGAGUACCAAGACUGCUCCAAGUUUUGGCUGGAAGCUCACAUUCAACGUGCUCCUAAUCUUUUUGUUUCAGGAAAACUAGCUGCAUUGUGAGACUAGAUGUUAUAUGUCUAUAUUUAAGACUAUGGUACUACACAAAUGUAAUAGUUAUAAUUGAAUAGUUGUAUUUCAUAUAAAUUUGUAAGAGUCUCUUAAUGUACCCUCGCUGCAUCAUUAUAAUGUGGAGCCAUAUCGAAAUAGGCCUGAUGAUCCAUAGA